GUUUUUGCUAACCGCUAUCUGACCCAAGCUAGGCGGCUGUACUGAAACUCCGAACUUCCACCAACAUUAAGCUAACGGAAACAAAGAGGAUUCUGUCAAAAUGCCUCAGACCAACAAGUCAGCGAGCGGCUGCAGUGUGCCAGGACAGGUAUCUGCCCCAGACCAGGGUGAGCCGCCACCGCCACAUCUGCCGCCGCCACAGGAUGUCAGGUCCCAGGUGGCUGCUGGAGAUGGACGUGGAGAAGUCGCUGCAGAAGACCAGGGAGAACCAGAGAUUGUCAAAUCACCCAGUGACCCGAAGAAAUACAGGUACAUCGAGCUGAGUAACGGCCUCCGAGCGCUCCUCAUCUCGGACUUCAGCGGGGCGGACGGGAAGCGAGGCUGCGCAAACGGAGAGGACGAGGAGGAGGACGGGGAGGAGGAGGAGGAGGAGGAGGAGGCGGCGGAGGAGGAACCUGUGGAGGAAGAAGGGGAUUCCGGUGAGGGGUCUGAGGAGGACGAGGAGGAAGCUGUGGAGGAAGAGCAGGACAGCGACUUUGAUGAGCUGGACGAGGACAACGCAGGGAAGAAGAAGAGAGGGAGCUCUGAGAAGCAGGCGGCAGCUGCUCUGUGCAUCAGUGUGGGGAGCUUCAGUGACCCAGAAGACCUGCCCGGCCUCGCCCACUUCCUGGAACACAUGGUGUUCAUGGGCAGUGAGAAAUACCCAGCGGAGAACGGCUUUGACGCCUUCCUGAAGAAGCACGGCGGAAGCGACAACGCCUCCACCGACUGUGAGAGAACCAUCUUCCAGUUCGACGUGCAGAAGAAGUUUUUCAAAGAGGCGCUCGACAGGUGGGCUCAGUUCUUCAUCUGUCCUCUGAUGAUCGAAGAUGCCAUCGACAGAGAGGUGGAGGCUGUCGACAGCGAGUACCAGUUAGCGAGGCCGUCCGACUCGCAUCGAAAGGAGAUGCUGUUUGGGAGUCUGGCUAAACCAGGACACCCUAUGAGCAAAUUCUGCUGGGGUAACGCUCAGACAUUAAAGCACGAGCCCAGAGAGAAACAGAUCAACACCUACCAGCGGCUCAGAGACUUCUGGAGGAGAUAUUACUCCGCUCAUUACAUGACGCUCGCCGUUCAGUCCAGAGAGACUCUGGACACUCUGGAGCAGUGGGUGAGAGAGAUCUUCAUCAACGUUCCCAACAACCAUGAACCUCGAGUCGACUUCUCUCACCUCCAGCAGCCGUUUGACACGCCAGCCUUCAACAAACUCUACAGAGUGGUUCCUGUGAGGAAGGUUCACGCUCUGACCAUCAGCUGGGCCGUACCGCCGCAGGGGAAACACUACAGAGUGAAGCCUCUUCAUUACAUCUCCUGGCUGAUCGGACACGAAGGAACCGGCAGCAUCCUGUCUCAGCUCAGGAAGAAGUGCUGGGCUCUGGCUCUGUUUGGAGGAAACAGUGAGACGGGUUUCGACCAGAACACCACCUACUCCAUCUUCUCCAUCUCCAUCACCCUCACCGACCAGGGCUACCAGAACUUCUACCAGGUGGUCCAUAUUGUGUUCCAGUACCUGAAGAUGCUCCAGACUCUGGGUCCCCAGCAGAGGAUCUAUGAGGAAAUUCAGAAGAUCGAAGCCAACGAGUUCCACUAUCAGGAGCAGACGGAUCCCAUCGAGUUUGUGGAGAACAUCUGUGAGAACAUGCAGCUGUUUCCCAAAGAGGACUUCCUGACCGGAGACCAGCUCAUGUUUGAGUACGACCCGCAGGUGAUCAGCGCUGCUCUGUCCCUGCUGACUCCCGACAGAGCGAACCUGCUGCUGCUGUCACCGGAGAACGAAGGUCGCUGUCCGCUCAGAGAGAAAUGGUUCGGUACCUGCUACAACAUGGAGGACAUCUCAGAGGAGUGGGGUCAGCGCUGGGCAGGAGACUUUGAACUCAACCCUGAGCUGCAUCUUCCUGCUGAGAACAAAUACAUCGCGAGUGAUUUCACCCUGAAGACCUGCGACCGUCCGGACUCAGAGUUUCCUGUCAGGAUAGUCAGCAGCGAGCGCGGCUGUCUGUGGUACAAGAAGGACAACAAGUUCAAGAUCCCGAAAGCUUAUAUCCGUUUCAACCUGAUCUCCCCGAUGAUUCAGAAGAGUCCCGAGAAUCUGGUCCUGUUCGACCUCUUCGUGAACAUCUUGGCUCACAACCUGGCAGAGCCGGCCUACGAGGCCGACGUGGCUCAGCUGGAGUACAAGCUGGUGGCCGGAGAGCACGGCCUGGUGGUCCGGCUGAAAGGCUUCAACCACAAACUGCCGCUGCUGUUGAAGCUGAUCGUGGAUCAUCUGGCAGAGUUCAGCGCCGAGCCGGGCGUCUUCACCAUGUUCUCUGAGCAGCUGAAGAAGAGCUACUUCAACAUCCUUAUCAAACCAGAGAGACUCGGCAAGGACGUCCGCCUGCGGAUCCUGGAGCACUGUCGCUGGUCGGUCAUUCAGAAGUAUCAGGCCGUCACCAAGGGUCUGACCGUCGACGACCUCAUGAUCUUCGUCGCCGGGCUGAAGGCGGAGCUGUACGCCGAGGGGCUGGUGCAGGGGAACUUCACCAGCACGGAGUCCAAAGAGUUUCUGCAGUACUUCAUCGACACGCUGCAGUUCCGGCCUCUGUCAGCAGAGGUCCCCGUGUUGUUCCGGGUGGUGGAGCUGCCUCAGAAACAGCAUCUCUGCAAAGUAAAAUCUCUCAACAAGGGAGACGCCAACUCCGAGGUCACCGUGUACUACCAGUCGGGGCUGAAGAACCUGAGAGAGCACGCGCUGAUGGAGCUGAUGGUGAUGCACAUGGAGGAGCCCUGCUUCGACUUCCUCAGGACGAAGGAGACGCUCGGGUACCAGGUGUACCCGACCUGCAGGAACACCUCGGGGGUGCUGGGAUUCUCCGUCACCGUGGAAACACAGGCCACCAAGUUCAGCACAGAGUUCGUCGAGGCGAAGAUCGAGGAGUUCCUGGUCAGCUUCGGCGAGCGUUUGUCGGGCCUGAGCGCGGAGGCCUUUAAGACCCAGGUGACGGCGCUCAUCAAGCUGAAGGAGUGCGAGGACGCCCACCUGGGAGAGGAGGUGGACCGCAACUGGUUCGAGGUCGUCACACAGCAGUACGUCUUCAAGAGGCUCGACAAGGAGAUCGAGGCUCUGAAGCUCUUCACUCAGGCGGAGCUGGUCUCCUGGUUCCUGGAGCACAGAAACAACAGCAGGAAGCUCAGCAUUCAUGUGGUUGGUUUCGGGCCGGAGGAGAACGAUCCGCCUGAACUGAGCGCCGCCUGCUGCCCCGACAGCCCUCCCUCCUCGGCGUACGGCGAAGUGAACGAGCUGACGUUCCUGCCGACCUCCUCGCCGUCCCUGCAGGACGCCACGCUCAUCACAGACGUCAGAGCUUUCACCUCCUCCCUCCCGCUACACCCCUACCACAAAAUCCUCAGCUAGGACGCCGCGGGCCGACAGGAAGUAACCAGGAGACGGGCAGCGUUGACGUGUGGUCAAAGAGGACGGACAGAAACUGAGGAUGUGUUUGUUAUUUUUGUUUUGUGGGUUUGUGUUUGUAAUAAUGCUGCAUUCACAUGCAAUCGGGGAAAAAGUAAACCUGGCCCCGUGUUUGUCAAGCGUCUCAUGGUCGUCCUGCUGAAACGCUCUCUUUGAAAUAAUAAUAAUCGGAAACGUUCAAGGAACGAAGGCGUCAUGUGUGCAGGCGAUGAUAUUCACUCCAGCUCAGACCUGAAGACUGUUAUGCAACUCGCCUCAGGUGGGGGGUGCAGCAUUUUAAUCCUGUAAUGUUCAGUGUUGGGAAAUACAUAUCAACAUCUCUCUUUGACAGUUCGAGGUGUUUGAAGUGUGGCUGCGCAUCUUCCCUUCAGAGAAGCAGAGAGAGAGAGAAGAGAAACCAAUAUCACUUUAAAUGUUCGCUAUAUUAUGAAUAUUUUCAGCCCUUUGCCGACAGCAGUUUGGGUCAGAAAGGGCCGUUGCAACAUCAGACUGAAAUCAAACUUCACUUUUCUAAAGAUUUAAAAGACGGUGCCUCCGUGCCGGCACGCAUAAGUUUCUCCAAACUGUAAGAAAGAGACUUGGGAUAAGAACUUCAAACAACCCUACUUCAAAACUCAAGAACUAUUCCUUUAAAGAUUGCUCCACAGUUACUGAAAUUAUUUAAUGAAAUAAAUUAACUCACAAUUGGUGUUAAAAGCAUGUUUUCUCCCAUAGCUUCAGUCCUGAUGUGUUCAGGGACAGUAUUGAGAGUGUAGGUCAUAAUUCGGAAUAUGGUCAAGUGCAAUAUCCAAAUCGCAAGAGCGGCAAUUUUUUUAAUGUGUCCUAACAUCUUGUUUCUAAAAGAAGAAGCUACAGAGAGAUGCUUUGGCCAAAAAAAUCUUCUCCAGACGAAGGGAACGUGCUUUUUUUUUUGGGUGCAAUAUGGUGUAUAGAAACAAAUCUUUGUUUUUAUAUUUGGUGAAAAUUAACUGCUAAAAAAUGACCAUUCCCCCUAAACAUCCGUCAGGAAAUGUGUUACGAUUUUAUUUUCGCGCCUAAAAUGCAAGAAAAUAGAUUUGAAGCGUAAAAUCUUAUUUUGGGUUGCAGUUACGUAACACGCGAGCCGUUACGCAGCUAAACUGAUUAAAAUAAAAAAACAAUAAUUCUGGGGAAACGCCAUCAGUUUCACAGCUGUUCCCGUUCUCUGGGAGGAGGUUGUCGGUUUAUGUGGAGAGAGCACAGUCUCUCAGUCAAAUAAUGAUUACAUUUACCCACAAACAAAUCUUUUAAUACGCUCAUAAUCAUCAAUAUCUCCCACGCAGAGUGCACACAUGACGCCUUCUAGCCCUAAAAAAACCCCAACACAUUUCUCUGAGACGUCUGAUCAACACGGCCACCGAGCUUCUUACGGAUCCACGAUGAUCAAUACUUGUUAGGAAACUGCUCAGCUCAUAUUUAAAGGUGGAAUCUGAAUGGUGGGAAUUUGAGUUUGGGUCUGAUAUUUUUAAGGAAAAUACAGCGAGCGUGAGGAAUAAUAUGUUAAUUGUUGAUGCGAAAAGGCCAAACAGAAGCAACCAGAGUACAGAAAACUACAAUCAUGGCGGUCCUGAUUGAUUUAAAGGAGUCUGAUUGUUAUGAUUUAUUUCUGUGUGGCUUUUAACUGAGAAAUAAUGUGUAUGAUUAUUCCCAGGUUAAGUGAAUGCAGCGUGAUGACUCAGGGCUCUGGUUUAAAAUACAGUACUGACAGAAACAACAGUUCAUGUAAAGAAUAUUAAUGUGUACUAACAGCAUGUGGUGGCCAGUGAUACAAAACUGAAUGUACUGCAGUAGUUUGUGGAGGCUGGACUGUGUCGCCUACAGCAUUUCAUCGACAAUUAAAAGUACCUUAAUUAAA